AGCUCUUCUUUCUCAAAAAGAAAAACACUCAAGUACUUUAUACUAUAAAGCUCUAAAGAGAUUAAAUACAAAUGCUUCAUUAUAUUUAAUUGGGAGGACUUGCUUCCAUUUUUACAAUUAAAUUCAAUACAAAUGUUUUCAUUGCAACCAUUUUUUCCCUUUUCUUUUUCAUUGUCAUUAUAUAUACAAAUAAAUGAAAGAAUAUCUAAUAAAAAGAAAACAAAAACUAAAAUGAAAAGAUGGAAAUUGAGAGAGACAUAUGCAAAAUGAAUGAGCACCACUUUUGGGAUUCAUUAGUUUUCACUCCAAGAGUAUAGGCAUCACAACUUUUGCACCAAUAAAAAGUAUCUUAUCGUUUAUUGUAAGUAAAGCAAAGCAAACCAAAGCCAAGCCGAAAAGGACAACAAAAGAACAUGCCUUUUCUCACCGUUUUCUCUUUAGGUUUAAAAGUUAAUUAGCUCUCUCCAACUCCGUAGAAUACUUUUCUUCUUCCUUCCAAAUUCAAAAAUGUCAAACGACAUUUGUCCCACAUCGAAACGCAGAGAAAUAGUCAUCGUUUCUGAUCAGAAAGACCAAGAUCUCCUCCCAGGCUUACCAGACCACUUAGCCCAAGUCUGCCUUUCCCUCGUCAACCCAUCCCUCCUCUUUUCCGUCUGUCGUUCUUGGCGUCGUCUCAUCUACUCCCCUUCCUUCCCUCCUUUCCUCUCCCUCUACGCUCUUUUCUCUUCCUCCUCCCAUUCCAACCAAACCCACCUCAAUUUCCACGCCUUCGACCCCAUCUCCACCAACUGGCGCGUGCUUCCCACGCCCUCAUCUGGCUCUUCCCUCCGCCUACUCCUCCGUCACCCUUCCUUCGUCUCUCGCAAUCUCCCUGUACAAUCUAUCGCCGUCGCCGGAUACCUUAUCAUCGUCGCCGCAACCACCGAUAAUCUCUUCCCGGCUCUUCCGCUGCCACUCGUAUUCGACCCAAUAUUGUGCGAGUGGUGUCACGCGCCGCCGCUAUCUGCCCCGCGCAGGUGGUGUGCUGCGGGUUCUCUACGCGGAUUGGUCUACGUGGCGAGCGGUAUUGGAUCGGUCUUCUCGUAUGACGUGGCUCGCUCUGUUGAGAGGUGGGACCCACGUACGGGAGCCGAUGGGCCAGGUUGGGAGAGGGUUAGCGAUCUCAAGGAUGGUAGAUUUUGUCGAGAUGCCAUUGAAGCCGUUGGGUGGAGAGGGAAGCUUUGCAUGGUGAACGUGAAGGGGGAAUCGAUUAAGGACGGCGUCGUUUAUGAUGCCGAUAGCGACACGUGGGAGGAUAUGCCGGAGGGGAUGAUCGGAGGGUGGAGGGGGCCGGUGGCGGCCAUGGAUGAGUACGAGAUGUUCGUCGUGGAUGAGAUGAAGGGAGCUCUGAAGAAGUACGAUGCGGUGAGAGAUUCUUGGGCUGAUGUUAUUGAAUCGGAGAGCCUCCGAGGAGCCGAGCAGAUCACCGCCGGGGGUGGUAGAGUCUGCGUCGUUUGCUCUGGUUCCGGUGGAAAGGGGAUUGUAGUUGUCGAUGUGACAGCGGUGCCGGCGAAGUUGUGGCCGGUGGAAUCGCCGGAGGGACUAGAAGCCGUGACGGUUCACAUCUUGCCUCGAAUGACUACUUCGUAAUAUCCAUGUAAAUAAAGUUUAUUAUUAUUAUUUUUUAUACAAAAAAUUAUCGGAAAGAAAAAGAGAUUAUUUAUUU